AUGGGAAAGAGCUUUGAAAGAUUGUUGUUAGGAUUCACCACAGAUGGAAUGUUGUGUGAUGAUAUUCAUGUUGUUGUUCCAACACCGCAUGUGUCGGUGUUCAACGACAAAUGCCUAUUAGGGCAUACCUAUACUGUAUCAAAUUUUAAGGUGGUGCCUUAUGUUCUGGCCUUCAAGGCAUCAAGACACAAAUAUAUGUCCUGUGAAAUUAAUAUAUUUGUUUCAGAUGUCAUUAGAAUGGUCGACAGUAUUGGUUAUGCACAUACUGAGUCUGGUGCAAAGAAACAGCAAAUUAGCAUGGUGUUGCGUGACCACAGGUUUAACAAAGAUAAGGUUGAUGCAUUAGUUCCUACAGUUGUGUUGCUUCAGUAUGCCAAAGUGAAAGAAGAAGGUUAUUUCAUCAGUUAUAAUUCUAAAAAUUCUCAGCUUACUCCUGUGCAAAAAUUGUUGCCCAAGGCUGUGGUUUUACCUAUUGCUGAGAUUACUCAACUUAAGGAUAUUACAUUUUGUGUUACUGUCGCUACAACGAAAUUAUUGGUCGCGUCUCCAUUUGGAUGGUACUAUCGUGCUUGCCAUAUGUGUCAAUCUAUAGCACGUGGUGACAAACCCCCGUUUGAGUGUGAAGCCGGUAAUGAAACCAUGGCUGAAGUCAUUAGGUAUAAGUUUGAGAUUGAGGUUACACAUGGGGGUAAAAGUUGCAAUUUUGUGUUCUGGAACAGAGAAUGUAAAAUGAUCUUGGGUUUAUCUGCAUCUCAACUUCGUAACACUAUGAUCAAGGAUGGAAUUACUGAUCCAUUGGACUUCCCAUUAGCAGUUGAUCAGUUGUUGAAGUUGGAAAUGGCUGUUAAGAUUAAAGAGAGUGUUGAUGAGGCUAAAACAGAUGUGCAUGAAGACCGUGAAUUGGACCUGGAAAUUACAUUUGAGCACAAGCCUAAUAUUGUCACACCUGCUGGUAAGAGGCAUUUUCCUAGUGCAUCAAGUGAAUCCACUAAUUUGGAAGGAUUAUAUGAUGGAGAACUCUCAUCAAACAAGCUGAAGAAGAUAAUUAAAUUGGAGAAGAAUGGUUAG